CGCGGCCCCGGAUGUUGGCUGCUCCCGCCGCCGCCGCCGCCGCCGCCGCUCUCGGCGCUGCUCGGGGCCUCAGCCUCUCGCACCGGGCGCCGCGGGGACCCUCGCCGGGGGCGGAGACACACGCAGCGGCCGGGGGCUCGGCCGGGCCGUCCCGGCCUGCGCAGCCUGAGAUUCUUCUCGUGGCCAGAUGGGUUUGUAUGGACAGACUUGUCCAUCUGUAACUUCAUUAAGGAUGACAUCUGAACUGGAGAGCAGCUUAACAUCUAUGGACUGGUUACCACAGCUCACCAUGAGAGCAGCCAUCCAAAAAUCGGAUGCUUCACAAAAUGCACACGGAACAGGAAUUUCUAAGAAGAAUGCACUCCUUGACCCAAAUACAACCCUGGACCAGGAAGAAGUCCAACAGCACAAAGAUGGGAAACCUCCAUACAGUUAUGCCAGCCUCAUUACAUUUGCAAUUAAUAGCUCGCCUAAAAAGAAAAUGACUCUAAGUGAGAUCUACCAGUGGAUUUGUGAUAACUUCCCAUAUUAUAGAGAGGCUGGCAGUGGUUGGAAGAAUUCCAUACGACAUAAUCUGUCACUGAACAAGUGUUUCCUUAAAGUGCCUCGAUCUAAGGAUGACCCUGGAAAGGGGUCCUAUUGGGCAAUAGAUACCAAUCCGAAGGAGGAUGCAUUGCCUACUCGGCCAAAGAAGAGAGCACGAUCUGUAGAACGGGCCUCAACUCCAUAUAGCAUAGAUUCAGAUUCUUUGGGAAUGGAGUGUAUUAUUUCGGGAAGUGCCUCUCCAACUCUGGCAAUCAACACUGUGACUAACAAAGUAACAUUGUACAACACUGAUCAAGAUGGUAGUGAUAGCCCCCGAAGUAGCCUUAACAACAGUCUCUCAGACCAGAGUUUGGCAUCUGUUAAUUUGAACAGUGUUGGAAGUGUGCAUAGUUAUACACCGGUGACAAACCAUCCAGAGCCAGUCUCUCAGACAUUAACUUCUCAACAGCAGCCACAGUACAACCUUCCGGAACGAGACAAACAGCUACUUUUUUCAGAGUAUAAUUUUGAUGAUCUCAGUGCCUCAUUUCGAAGCCUCUAUAAAUCAGUUUUUGAGCAGUCACUUAGUCAACAAGGCUUGAUGAACAUCCCUUCUGAACCUUCCCAGCAGUCCCACACUUCAUGUUCCUAUCAGCACUCACCUAGCAGUACAGUGAGCUCUCACCCACACAGCAACCAAAGCGGCCUGUCCAACAGCCAUGGCAGCAGCCUCAGUACUACGGGCAGCAAUUCAGUUGCACAGGUCUCGCUGCCCCACCCCCAGAUGCACACUCAGCCGUCUCCACAUCCACCCCAUCGACCACAUGGCUUACCACAGCAUCCGCAGCGUCCCCAGCACCCCCAGCACCCAGCACCACAUCCACAGCAGCACAGCCAGCUCCAGUCCCCUCACCCCCAGCAUCCUUCUCCACAUCAGCAUAUACAGCAUCAUCAGAACCAUCAGCAUCAGACGUUAACACAUCAGGCACCCCCACCCCCACAACAGGUAUCCUGUAAUUCUGGUGUUUCAAAUGAUUGGUAUGCAACGCUUGAUAUGCUAAAAGAAAACUGUCGAAUUGCAACCAGUGUUAAUUGGUCAGAUGUAGACCUUUCACAGUUCCAAGGUUUGAUGGAGAGUAUGAGACAAGCAGAUCUCAAGAACUGGUCUUUAGAUCAGGUUCAAUUUGCUGAUCUCUGUUCUUCACUUAAUCAAUUCUUUGCACAAACUGGCCUUAUCCACUCACAGAGUAAUGUUCAACAAAAUGUUUGUCACAGUGCCAUCCAUCCAACAAAACCUUCCCAACACAUUGGAGCAGGAAAUUUGUAUAUGGACUCCAGGCAAAAUCUUCCUCCUUCAGUGAUGCCACCCCCUGGUUAUCCUCAUAUUCCACAGGCACUCAGCACUCCGGGAACAACAAUUGCAGGUCAUCACGGAGCCAUGAAUCAGCAGCACAUGAUGCCUUCCCAAGCCUUCCAGAUGCGACGCUCGCUGCCUCCAGAUGACAUCCAGGAUGACUUUGAUUGGGAUUCAAUUGUGUAGAGCUUCUAUCUCAAAGGCACCAGACCCCAUAGUCACCUUUCUGUGCAGUUGAAGGGAAAAAUUUUCGGAGAAUCCAGUUGAAAAAAAGAAAGUUACUAAUCACUUUACCAAUGUUAUCAAAUUUACUUUUGAAGACAAUCAAAAAAGAUGCUGGCUGGAUAACUUACUGCUUUUAUCUGACCCAAACAAGUACUCCAUGUUUGUCUCCCUGCAGCUGCCCUAUGUAGCUCCUAACUGUUGUGUGAUUUGACGGCUUUUGCAUAUUCGUGUCAGUUUGAUGUUGACCACAAGUGCCAGACUGAUUUUCAGACAGAGCCUAUUUUGCUGCAAGCAGUUUAUAGAUAACAGAUUUGUAAAUACAUGUAUAAAAAUUACUGGAAGGUCUCAAUUUUUCUAAUUGGGUUAUUACGUCUUGAAAAGAAAGUUACUAUGUUUUUAUUCCUCCUUAGGCUAUUUUCUGCAGGAUGCUUUCAACAAUUGUAGGCAAUUAAAAGAAAAUAGAUUUUUUUUUUCCAAAUUCCAGUUCCCCUCAUUUAAUCUUUUCAGAAGUGUGGAUGAUGAGUUCUCUCACUCAGGAUGUUUAAGAAUCCAGAGUGUGGUACAGUCAGGAGGGGUGUAUUAUUUCUGCCUAUGAAGCAGCAUAAAGAACUGAUAAAAACAUUUUGGUGCUUGGGGAACUAUAGAGGUUUAUGUUGUAUCUUAUCUGUGUCUGUUUUCUUAAACCCGCAUGAUAAUAAGUCUAAAAUGUAAUUGAUUGAUUAGAAGCUGGACAUCGCUUAGGUCUUUAGUUCACAAGUCAGUGCUUCCACAUUCACUUAUAUAUUUACUAUCCAAAAGUGUUAUUUUAAUAUUUAUUGCUACCUUUUGCGAAUGCUCAGCUUCUGUUGGGUUUAUUAAGGAGAAAUGCAGUGUCUGAAAACCUGAAGUUCUUUUUCUUGGUAAGCGUUUACAGACAAGACAAUCAGAGAGAGAUUGUGUCAUUCCCUUUAUCUCACUCCUUUUUUACCAUGUGAAUAUUUCUCUAUCUUGGCAUUCCUACUGGUUGAAAACUUAUUAGCUAAGGAGGAUUUUUUCUGGAAUUUGAAUCAGACUUCAUUUGGGCAACAGAAUAGCAGGCAGGGAUUAAAAGUAAGUUUUCUUGCUCGUUCUCUAUUCACAGAGCCCUGAAAAGAGGGUAGAGGCCCAUGUAGCUUCUCUUGGCUUCAGUUCUUGGUGGCGACUCUUGUCAGUGGCCAGCUGUUUCUGCUGUCCUGUGUCUGUGUACGCACGGUGCUUGGCUGCAUUCUUUGAAAUGCAGCCUGCUCUUAGGUUUUGUUGUUUUGUUUUACUCUGUAUUAUGGUUAUUUUGCAUGGAUUGUCUUUUAUUAAAAAAGUGAAAAGUCAUGUUUAAUAGAUUUUUAAUUGGGUAAGCCAAAAAAGGGCAAAAUUUCUGUUCUGAUAGGGAAAUGAUGUAUUCCAUCAAAUCAGCACCCCACCGGUUGCUUUUUUAAAGAUCUCUACCAUGCUUAAAUUACUUUAAUUAGCCUGAGUGAUUCUGUGGUUGAGAAUACUCUACUUGAACUAAACAGACAACUUUGUUUCUUUGUGUAUGUAUGAGAGUGUGUUGGUGAAUGUGUGUGGGUAUUUUUAAUGAAGUGUUGACUUGAAUGAAUCACUGGGAAGCCAUCCACAGGAAAGGCUGAUGAGCUUGAGGGAAAGGGAAGGGCUUUAUGUUCCUCUUGUUUGGACCCACUUGGCAUGGAGAAAGAGGCUCAUUUUUCUAGUCCCUUGAAUCAGAAAAAAAAAAAAAUCAGGAUUCUGGAAAGAUAACCAAUAGGUUCCUCCCAGGUGGAACAGAGACAAGGUAAAAUAAAUAGCCUAGAGAGGGAAGGCCCGAAACGUUUGUGGGGGGAGGUGGUGAGUUUCAAUAGUCUACUCACAUCACUGCUUUCUGAUACUAAAAUCGCUGUUUUGAAACUUUAAAUUGCUUGUGUAGCAAUACGCACUUUAAACAAUUUGGGUAUUGGAAUGUAGUAUCAUUGAGAGUAGAAACCACUGAUGAAGAUUUUAUAAAUCGUGCAAAGCUAAUUUCCCAUUUGGCGGUCAUUUAUUGAUUUAUAGUGAUGACUAUUUUUGUGAGAAUUUUAACUAACCAAGACUUGCUGUGAAGGCAACAGCUCCAUCCAGACACGUCCCACUCUGUGCUUCAGGGGCCCGGGACAGGCCUUCUGACUGGCUCAGCAGAAGUGGCUGCCCGGGGAGGCCUGGGAGGGGUCUUCCUGCACCCAUUUGGUGGCUGGUUGUUAACGCAGAGCAAGCUCUGUUUGGGAUGUAAAUUGACUGAAAUCUUCUGGGGAUAAAGAAGCAAAUGCAUCUAAUGGAAUGGGUGCACUCUGUCCAGGAGAAUAAUCCGACUGGCAUUUGUGGUAGUUUCUGAAAUGUAAAUGUAUUCAUGUGUGUGUGUUCUUGUAAAUAGUGUCUCUCAAAAUGUCCUUUGAAACGGGAGGGAAUCAGCCCGGGGAUUAUUUCAAAUGGAAUAGAGUAUUUUGAUACCGUUCAUUCAGAGGGUGAUGUGUACAUAUCUAUAUUGUAUAUAUGUGAUGGAGAUGCAUCGGCUUUUCGUGCACACACUCUGCGCUCUGUACUGCUGUUGGACAGUCAGUGUUUUAAUGUUUCUACAGUUUUGCUAUUGCACGAUUUCAUAUUUUGCCUCUAUGAUGAACGGCACCCAUUCUUUGUAACUGUUUAGUGCUGUAAAGAAAUAUUCCAAGUGUCAUUAGGAUUGUUGCUGCCAGACCUGAUAUGCAUGAAUGGCACUUAAAAUAAAUAUAAUA